CAUCUUUGUUUCAAUUAAUUAAUUAAUUUCCGUUAUCUCAUUAUAAUUUGAUACAUACACAAAAAAUCUUAUUUUGUAGAAGUAGAAUAUAAUUAUUAUGGAGAUUACCUUCUUAAACAACAUUGCAAGUUCCUUGGUAUGUAUUAUCAUCAUAGCAUGGGUUUGGAAAACAUUGAAUUGGAUAUGGUUGAAGCCUAAAGCACUCGAAAAACGCCUUACAAAACAAGGAUUACAAGGUCACCCUUACAAGGUUUUGUAUGGUAACACCAAAGACAUUGCUAAAAUGGUGAACGAAACCAAUUCCAAGCCCAUGGAAAGCUUUUCCAAUGAUUAUGUCCCUCGGAUCUUCCCUUUCCAUCUUCAAACCAUCAAGAGCUAUGGUGAAAAGUCUUUUGUAUGGGAUGGACCGACACCUACGGUGAUUAUAACCAAACCCGAAGAAAUAAGAGAAAUAUUCAUGAAGAUUUAUGAUUUUACGAAGAUAAUACCACACCCAUUUGUAAAAAGGAUUACUAAUGGUUUAACAAGGCUCGAAGGCCAAAAAUGGGCUCAAGACAGAAAAUUGCUCAACCCUGCUUUCCAUAUGGAGAAAUUAAAGCAUAUGGUGCCAGCAUUUGAAGCGAGUAGUAACACCAUGAUACAAGAAUGGGAGAAGAUGACAUCGAAAACAGGAUCGAGUGAGCCUGAAAUCUGGUCGUAUUUACACAAUCUAUCUGCGGAUGCAAUCUCUCGUGCAGCAUUUGGGAGUAGUUUUGAAGAAGGAAGGAGAGUGUUUGAACUUCUUAGAGAGCACAUCUCAAUAACUACUAAAUCCAUACAAUCAGUUUAUAUCCCUGGAUCUAGGUUUCUCCCAACGAAAACAAACAAAAGGGAGGCGAAUAUUCUCCAUGAAAUGAAAUCAUUGUUAAAGGAGAUGAUUCUAAGGAGGCAAAAGGAAAUGGAGAAUGGAGAAGCAGCUAAAGAUGAUUUGUUAGGGUUAUUACUCAAAUCGAACCUAGAAGAAAUACAAGAUCAUCAAUUUUUACAUGGAAAUAACAAACAACAACAUUUUAAAAUGGGUAUGAAAGAAAUUAUUGAAGAGUGCAAAAUGUUCUAUAUUGCAGGACAAGAAACCAUUUCAACAUUGUUGACAUGGACCCUUGUUUUGUUAAGCAAACACCAACAUUGGCAAGAACAAGCUCGAGAGGAGAUUAUCGCGAUUUUUGGCCAUGAUACACCCCAUUUGGAAGGCUUAAAUCAGCUGAAAAAGGUGAACAUGAUACUUCACGAGGUUCUACGACUUUAUCCAGCAGUACCUUCACUUACAAGAAGAGUUUCCCACGAAAUGAAACUAGGAGAUACAAUUCUACCAGCUGGUGUACAAGUCAAAUUAGCACUGAUUGAUGUUCAUCAAAGUGAAAAAUAUUGGGGUUCUGAUGCAAAAGAGUUUAACCCUGAUAGAUUUGCACAAGGGAUUUUGAAUGCAACCGGAGGAAAGAUGUGCUUCUUCGGAUUUGGAUGGGGGCCUCGCAUAUGCAUUGGAUCGAAUUUCGCGAUGAUGCAAGCUAAAAUGGCGUUGUCUAUGAUUUUGCAACGUUUUUCCUUAGACCUCCCACCAUCUUACGAGCAUGCUCCUACUAAUAGCCGUGGAACCCUUCGUCCUCAAUUUGGUGCUAACUUAAUACUACGUCGUAUCUAAAAUAAUUAUGCUUCUUUAAUUUAAUAUAUUGCUACAAUUUGUACAAUAUAGAACAAUAAUAAAGCCGAGUAUAAAUUUAAGUAGUCUAUUGUUGUAGUGUAUAUAUGUAUAUAUGAUUUCGUUGAAUUAUACCCCUUUUUUUUUUUUUUUUUUAAAAAAAAAUAAAAUAAAAUUGUAAUGUAUUUUCUUUUUCUUUUUCUCACAUCUCUUUGAUGUUGGUCAUUUUUUACGUUACACUUAAUGUUAAACAGAGUAAGUAGUACUUGUAUAUAAUCUAAGGCCAUAUUAUAGGACAUGCAUGCACAUAUUAAUACCACAAAAUCUUAUAUGUGGCUUAUUGCGUAAUUUUAGACCGCUAAAACUUAUUAUUUCACACAUA